CAACACCAAUAAAGUACAACUGUACACAAUGUGUUGUUCACUUGUAUCACAUAGUCUAUUCUCACAACGUGUGAAUCAUGACUGAAUUUCUAAAACACAUCUUCAUCAUACUCUCAGUUUUCCAGGUAUUCGCCAUUGAUGUAGAUAAUCGAUUCUACACACUAGAGGAUUAUAUUUGUAUGGAACAACUUGGCGUAGAUAAGGCUUUUGUAAGCAGCCAUGUCAAUGAACCAUUCGUGCUAAGCAGAGGUGUCGAGCAGUUCAAUGAGUACGCGGACUGCUGGGCGAAGGAAGCGGGACUUCUAGAUUACGAUGAUCGUUUGGUGUAUCCAGUGUGGGAAUCUUUUGUCCCCAACUACAUGUUUAACUUCAUUCGUAAACCGUACUAUCCCAAUAAGGAAGAGGUGGCAAGAGAAAUUUUAAACGCCUGCAAACCCACGGCAGUUGGGGACAGUGGUGCUGACAGUGUAAUUUUGCUGGCAAAUUGUCUUUUUGCAGAAUUUAUGGCACUGUAAUAAGCUCAUUGAAUUGCGUUCUCGAAGAAUGUUAGUAUUUGGCACACUAUUUCAAAACUUACUUUUUUAGCCAGUUACAUAAUAUCUAAGUUAACAAUUUCCCGUUGUAAAAAUAUGUGAAUAUAACUCAAAAAAAUU